AACCAGUGUUACUAACUUCGCUGUCUUGCUGUAAAUUAAACUUUUAUCUCGGUUGUUUCUGUAAAAAUUCCAAACCCAGAGAUUCUCGGGGAUCAACAGAAUAAUAACAAUUUCAUAGCCGCCCGAAGAAAUCUUGUUUUAGUCUUCUAGAAAAAUGGAUGUCAAGCUCGAGGAACUGUUUCAGAGCAUCCCGCAGAAGCACUGGAGGAAGUUUUUGUCAGGCGAUUAUAAAAAACAAAAAGCAUGGUUACGGAAACAUUUACUUGUCGGUGCGACAGCUUUUUUUUCCGCUUUGGUCUUGAACAAAGUCCAGUGGACGUCUAUCACACUCAAGGUUGUCAAAGCCAUUGUGGGUAACAGACUCUCAGAAGCUCUUCCAAAGUUCCUGGGCAUUCCAGAGAUGGUUGACUCAAAAGCCGUUAAAAAGUUGGAGAAACUAGUUGUCAAAGAAGUGAUCAAAAGGAUCCAACCCUCCACUAACAUGGUCAAUGUGAAGAAAGGCUCUUUGGUCAAGAGAAGCAUUCAUAAACUAUCUAACAGGGCUAAUCAAACUGACCAGCAGCGACCUGAAACACCUGGCUUGAUCAAACCAAUCAUCAAAGGAACUGGGAAACAUGGGGUUUAUAAAAAAUACCAUGGGGGAAACCCCUGGUUCAAAGAGGGUAUCCCCGAGUUACCAACCAUUGUGGAAGUCUCUCAAAAGGAGGAAAUGUUGGCUGAACUCAGCUAUUUUGGAUACACCAUUCAGGGAAACACAAAGGAAUUUGUAAAGAUGUUAACUGAUAGUGGAAAAGCCCACUGUUAUGAGAGAUCACUGCUAUCAAAUGACUUUGACUUCCAAGAACAGCCAUCCCAUCGAGGAGUCCAAAUAUUUAAGAGUGAGAACAAUCAGGCUUGUAAUCAAUCACAAUUUACCACAGCUGAGAAGAAAACCAUGAAAGACCUCAGUUCAGAGGGUCAAUCCAGUAAAGAAUAUGUGAGCAAGAUUAUUAGGCUGGUUCUGUGUCAGGCGCUGGAAUCAUCAGAUAAGAUUUGCUACUCUGACGUCUUCCAGGACAUCUUCAAAUGGACCCUUGAGAAAGUCUGGGAUCGGGUUCAGGGGAAACAAAUACAAUUUCGCUCAAGAGAAGAUGGCGCUGUUUGGCGGUGUUCUCAGUGUUCGUCACCAUCUCGCCUGAUAAUGAGAAAGAAGAAGAUGGAUACCGGGGAAUCAGGAAGUAGCUACCGAGCUGUCAUGGCGGAGGAACACGAAGGAACAGAGAGCGGCAGUAUCUGUGUACCGGUGCGGGGGACAGCAGGUGACCCUGCGGUGUCAGUCCCUCGGGCACUCGGCUGCGCAGACCACUCACCGAAGAAAAAGUUAAUUCUACACAUGGACCUGAAUAACACCAUCCUAGUCUCGGACACGGUGACCGGACAAGGGACGGUGGCUGCUCUGGAUUACUUCCUCACCACCGUGACCUGGGGGAAGAUGAGCAAACACGGAAAAUGGGAAUGGCUGAGUGACUCCGCCUCCCUGCUACCUCCCUGCAGCGACGCCUCCAGCUACUACUCUCAGUUUGGACGCUCACCAGGCUUCACCUCUGUUGCUGGGCGACGCUUCAAAGGGCUGCUGGAGGAACAUCUGGAGCUGCUCCGCUGGCCUGAGGGUGUCAAGGAAGACAGACAGCUGUCUGUUAAAGGAGAAGAUGGCCGACUCUACCACUGGAUCCUCCCUUCCUUCUUCCAGCUGAUCAGAGAUCUGGCGUGGGAAGGACGGGAAUUUGCCAUCGUUUUCCGCACGUUUGGGACUGACCUGCCUCGGGUGUUGAAGGCCGUGUCUCGAGCAGUCAGUGAGGGAGCUCACCCACUGUUCCCUGAUCUGCCUGAGCUGAAGCUCAGAGUGGAUAUGACUCCGGGUAAGAUCCGCUGUACCAAGCGAGGGAUCGUCCUGAGCCGGGCUGAAGAGCGUGUGUCCACUCGUGAUGGAGAGAGAGGACUCUACCAGUACUUGAGUUCUGUGCAGGGUCUCAGUGGUUUCCAGGACCACUUUGACUGGUGGGCUACCAACACCUUCUCCAUCCGAGGAGGGAAGCCCCUAUGGAUUGACCCCUUUGACCAGAAUGUUCAGCAUGUCUUUAUAGACGACAACAUCCGACAAAAUGAUGAGGACACCAUUGUUAGUCCAAAGGUGUUCCUGGAGCCCGGCGGCCAUGACACCCGUACAGCGGGCACUGCAGAGCUGUACGACAUCUCCUUGGUCCAGACCGACCUCCUACGAGCGAUUUCGGAUCGCAGCUACUUCACCCAGCGUGUUCACAUCUGCCUGAAAAACUACGAGAGUAACCUCUGGAAUGGGACGGCCUAGAAGACAACUUCUAGGUUCCUGUGAGGUUUGUCCAUGUGACAAUCUGCAGUUUGCAACGCUGCUGUAAACUAAACAACACUUCCAUCCCAGCUCACUAAGGGUCACUGCCACUUUAAGUGUGGUGUUGGGUCAUCUAGGUCAAAAAUAAAGACCUUACUGUGGUGGAAGGUUGUGAGCUAUCUUUAGAUGAGAAUUUCAUCAGCAGUACAUAGGCUUACCAAAAAUGUAGCACUGAGAUUACUUGCAUUGCAAUAAUUAUUAUUUAUAAAAUAUGUGAUUUACAAAAGAUUGCCAGUUUAUACAAGGAGCACUUACAGUUAAACCUACGUUAUCAUACACCCAGCAGAUUUAACAUCCUUAUUUAGUUUUGUCUCUGCGAUAAAAGCACUGUAAAAUGACUUUCAGUUUUAUUUACUUUUUCUUAAAAAAUGUCAUGUAAAACAUGAUUUAUAGCCACCCACUAAUUGAUGGAAAAAAACUUCAGUUUGUCAACAAGUUUAAAAUCCAUAGAUGAUGACGUCCGUUAUUAGAUGUGUAAGCAGACCGCUGCUGUGUGACGUCAACGUUCUCUUUCUGCACAUGCGGGUCGGAUUGGGAGUGAGUCUUCAUUCACACAGAGAAGUCCGGUUGUGGUCGUAUUAUAUUAGUAGUAUGAACGACCACACAAAAAA